AUUUGAUGUCAACUUAAUACAGAGUUCCCUCCAACGACAAUUACAUACGUGACUUAGAAAACAUCUCUCAAAGGUAUGAUUGAUAAAUAAUGUAAGAGAGCGUCAUGGAUUGUUUAAUUAACCACCUCCUUUAUUAUUGGGAGAUUAAUAUAACGAUGCUUUAAAAAGUAUAGGAUAUUUUCUAAUUAUCAAGGCCAAGGUAAAGAGAAAGGAAUUCUAAUAAAUAAAAAACUCUAAAAAAAACAUGAGCCUGUUUUAUUUUCAGAACCUGGCUAUACAUCUUUAAAUGACCCUUAUAAAGAUUAAUUUAAAGCAAAAUAAAUUUAUGACAAAGAGAAAGAACUAGCCAUUAAAAAUCCUAAUAGUUUUAAGCCAAACGAUCAUUAAAAAUCUGUGUAAAAAAUUUAACCUAUUCAGUAAACAUUCUGAAUUUGAACAUAUGAAAGAAUAUAAUGAUAAAAUCUAUAAAACUAGAAAUUCAGCUGGAAAUGUAAUUACUUAGGCUAGAAAUUUUUUAACAAAUCCUGCAAAAAAAGGAUUAGGCAGAACAACAAUAAAUAAUUUAUUUAGUUAGAUUGAAUAUAUUCCUGAUCCUUAUGAUAGAUAAGAGGAAAUUGAUAGGAAAGAGAGAAUUCAACAUAAAAGUAAAUAAUUACCUGGGACUACAAGAUUUGUUACAACUAGUCAUGGAAAUAGACCCUUUACUGCAGAUGGUAUUUUAUUAGAUGGAGCAGGAUAUACAAUAUGUAUAAAAAAUAGUUAAUUAAGAAAAAAAACCACCUAUAUAUAAAGGAAAUCCAUUUAGACCAUCAAAUUCAAAUAAAAAAGGGUUUUAAGGUACAUUCGAAGUACUUUAAUACAUGGAAGAAGGAGGUCCAGAUAUAAAAACAAAAUAAAACACAUUCGAAAAAUUGAGUUCCACUUAAACUUAUGAAAGACCUUGGAGACCUAAUUCAAAUGGAACAUUUGCCAGACCUUGUCCUAGUGUUUCAUAACAAUUAAGAAAUAGAAGUGCUGGAUCAAAUUAAAGAGUAUGAAAUACUUAUGAUAAAAUUUCC